AGCGUCAGACCGGAAACUAAACAGAGCGGCACAGCAGCGCGCGGCGGAAGAAGAUUUUAAUCUGCGUGAAAGUAAACAACAACAAACAAACAGCUGCAGGCUCAUGGAGUCUCAACCUGAAACUCUCACCUGGUUACCGUUGGUUAUAGCAUGGAGCGCACUGAUUGGACGGAUAACUCACUGACUGCACCGCUUCCAGGAUGUAAUACGUGUUUCAGAUCUACAGUCAGCAGCAGGAUGUCAGACUCCUCUGAUGAAGACGACCAGAGGAAGGUUGAAUCGACGAGCAGGAUGUGGGCGGAGUCUCAGCCGGGUCCGUCCAGGUGUCAGCCCACCAGGCAGGGUUACUGUGGAUACUGCAGAGUCCUCUACAGCAACCUGGACCAGCACCUGUCCAGUCUCAGACACCUGGAUUCUGUCCGGGCGUCCUCCCGAGGCUCCAGCACCACCUCCUCCGCCAGCAGUAGCAGAACUAAACUGACCCUGCUGGAACGCUUCCUGCAGGACGUCCAGCAGCACCACCCACACCGCUACAAGGACCCCAGACCAUCUCACGCUGACCUCCCGUCCGUCUCUGCCCCUCCAUCGCCGAGGGAGGAGCUCGAUGAACUCUGUUACUCUGACAACGACAGCCGGUCCCUGGGAACCCGGGAGCGCCUGCCCAGCUCUGACGACGCCUCCUGUCAGCUGGGCAAUCGGCAGAAAGACGACCACACACGCAGCCAAUCUGGUGUGGGACUCGCAAAGGGGGGUAUUCAGGAGAUUGGGUCUGCACCAAUCAGAGAGCAGGAGGAAGGAGGAAUUGUCACCACAAGACACACAAGCACAUCGCAGGCCCAGCCUCCACACACGGAGGCCACACCCCCUGUCCACAGGAAGGCCCACAGGAAGACGAACAGGAGGAAAACCAGCGACUCCUCAUCGUCACCGCCGCACAUGGGUCCAGACCCCGGCUUCAAGCCCCUUUCAGAGCUGCGGCCCUGUCCAAGUCCGGGCCCCUGUCCAGACCCAGGCCCCUGGGCCUCCUCAGACCCGAGGCCCUGGCUGAGCUGGCAGAGGGAGAGGAGAGAGGCUCAUAAAGAGGAGGCCUUCUCUUCUGACCAUACCGACCCCCUGGACCAGACCAUCGAGGAGGUCAUCCAGAUGUGUUGUUAUGGCAUCAGUACCACUACCUGCCAGCAGGAGGAGACAGAGAGCUUCCACUUCAGCCUUCCUGUCUCCAUGGAAACACAGAGCGAUGACUGGGACUCACCGGUACAGGUGGUUUUACAGCGAGGACAAACACUCAGUGACACGCCGCCCUCACAAACACCUGUCCAGGUAAGCAAGGUGGUGGAGCAGGACCUCAGCCGUCUGAUGGACAUUCAGGUGGACCUGGCGGACCAGGUGUACUCGUACCAGCUUGACUCAGCCCUGCACAGCAAGCGGCAAGCAGGUGGCGGAGCCAGGCAGGUCGAGGGCUUUUGGACUCUGCCGAUAGAGGAGGUCCUGCCAGCCCCGGCACAUAUCCCAGAAUCCUUCAGGGGGAAGACCUGGGCCCAGAUUGAACAGGAGGAUGAGGAGAAGGUGGACAAACUGGUCCAACAGUUCAGACAGCAGAGAUUCAUCUGCUACUUCGACAGCGAGUCUCUGGCCAGGUAUGGUAGGAGGAGCCAAAAUAAGAAGGGGUGUGGUGAGAACGAGGGGGUGGAGCCAGACAGUGGCGUCCUGCCUCUAUUGGACUGUGAUGAAGAUGACUCGGCAUACAAAACAAGGAGGAGAAGAAAGAGGCGGGCCUUCAGAGUGGCGUCCAGGUGUCAGGUGGUCAAAGUCAGCCACAGCACUCAGACCGUCCGAUUGGUUGUCCCAGCUGUCCGUCAAGCAGAUACAGAAGCCCCUCCCGCUGGUGUCCCUACAGACAAUCAGGAUGCUGCGGAGAGGACUCCUGAUGUGCAGAUGUGGCACUACCUCCCACCGUCGUACUCAAACAUCAUCACACCUCUGCAGCCUCGAACCUCUCUGGUCUACCUGCUCUGCUCCCCCUCAGGCCCCGCCCCCACCUACACACCUGCACCAGGCUCUGCCCCCAAACGCUGCAGGAAGAAGAGGCGUCCGCUGGAUCAGCAGGGGCUAAAGGUCAAAUACAAACGACUUCCUGUGAGGUUCUACGAUCCCAGCAGCAAUCGAAUCCUGAAGAACCCACCCAAAGGCUUCCUGUGGCGCUGCGGCUCCAGCCUGCCACCACCCUGCGUCCGUCAGCUGUUCAGAAGUCUGAGUCCAGACCUGAACACUGACAGGCUGCCGGGGGAGGGGACAGCAGGGUCCUCCAGGGUCAAAGGUCAAAGGUCAUCAGACACCGCCUUCAGCCACGCCAACAGUUUCCUCCUGAGCACGCUCAGUAGGGGCUCGGCACAGUCUGACAAACAAGACACAGUCAGGAGGCGGGGCAAGACGUCUCAAGCCCCACCUCCUUCACCCCACAGCAGGACAGAGAGGGGGAGAGGGGGGAGGAGGGAGAGGACACGUCCCCCCCCUUCCAAGAGAAGAACCAGGGCUCAGGCCACGCCUCCGCAACCCAGGAGAGAAGGCCUGCGACGGGCAGGACCCAGCAGGAAAGUCCCUGACUCAACAGGCCCACCUCACCCUCCCUCACCCCGCCGGGGCAGGGCCCGGAGGGGGCGGGGCUGCGAGAGGAGUCGAAGGUAGCAGGAUACCUUGUCAGGUUGCAGAAUAUUUGUCCAGGUGGCAGAAUACCUGUUCAUGUAGCAGAAUGCCUGUCCAGGCGCCAGAUCCCUGUUCAGACUGCAGGAUCCCCGUUCGAUAGCAUGCUACCUGCUUGACAGCAGUAUACGUGUUCAGGAGCAGGAUACCUGUCCUGCAGCAGGAUACCUGUAUAGGAGCAGGAUACCUGUCCUGCAGCAGGAUACCUGUAUAGGAGCAGGAUACCUGUUGAGGUAACAGCCUCGUUUUCUAAAUUCAGACAGUAGAAGUUGUCACACUUGUCACACAGAUGUCAGGACGUGAAAUUAUCCAUAAAUAUUGAUCUGAUGAUUAAACCUGGUGGAUCUGAACAUGAAUGAAGAUUAAAGUCUGCGUAAAAACUGGAUUAGUGUCAGUUCAUAAACGAGGUUGCUGGACUCUGUGUGGAAGUGUAUCGAUGUCAGUUUUAAAAUGAAAUCACUCUGAAAGUGUCAUUUUACAUUUGUGUGUGCAAAUGAGAAAACUUAAUGUUUAAAAAGAAAACACUAAUCUCAUUUCUUUACCAAUUUUAUAAUUUCUCUUUCAUGGUGAGAACAUUGACAUUUUUAGGCCAGUUUUUACCAUUUUGUAAGUAAUUACAGUUUCAAACAUGAACAUUAAAACAAAACAAUAAUUGGAACAGUGAAGAUUUAAAUGUAAGACAUGAUGGAAGUGUAAGUAAUUUUGUUCUCUAAAAUAAUUCAAUUUGACAGUUGUGUUCACCGCUGAUCCAGGGUCUGUGGUUUGUUGUGAACUGAAAAUAAAUUUUCAAAUUUUAUUCUCACACAUCGUGAAAAUUAAUAUCAAACUUUAUUCACGUAUUAAGUUUAAUAAAUGGAAUUACUAAUCAGUGAACAAUGGAUUUAGAGGCUAAAACAUACAAAAACAAGCAAACAGCAAAAGAAUUGUAAUAAAAGCAGUAAAAAAAAAUAAAUUAUCGAUUCUAACAUUCAAAUGAAAUGAGUAAGUGAUGAUGACGAGGAUGAUAAGUUAGUAUAAAUAUUGAAAUCGUAAACACGACGUGAAGCCAGUCUGAACGGACGGUUUUUAGUUCACAACCAAAAGGUGGGCGGUCCUGAGUCACGACCCAAAAGCUUUUCUGAGAUCGGUGGAAGCAGUCAGGUGUGAAAGCCAACAGCUGACCAAUCAGCAGGCGUGUUCAGGUGUCAUUCGGCACUCGAGCAGCAGAACGUGUAGCUGAUGGUUCUUUAGUCGGAGAACGUUACGCGAGUCCGUUCUGCUGUUUAGAGGAGUGUGCGUCAUUCUGUCCGUUAGCUCGGAGACAAACGGCCCCACUGUGGAAAUUUUCUCGUAAAUCACAAGAAUUGAAUUUAAAGGUCUGAAAAAAUUCCGUGCACACAAAUGGAAAAUGAAACUUGAAUUUGAUGAAAUCAUUUUAUGAGAAUGUCGGCAGCUGUAUGUUCCUACAACACUAAACACACCUGAAGUUUGUGUGUCAGGUGAGAUGGCCUCUGGUACCUUUUCUUCAGGUACUGCUGUUUGAUUGUUAAUGUCUCAUGUUGUUGAUAUAAGAACUUUUGUACCUUUACACUCAUGUUAAUUUAAAUACCAAUAAGUUCAUGUUGAAUAAACAGCUUUUAUA